AAAAAAUAAAUCCCAAGUACCGUACAAAAACGCUGUGGACGUAAACAAUGGAGGCCGAGAAGGAUAAUCCUGCGACGUCUCAAGAAAAUACCUCAGAAACUCAAGGAAACCAGGAGCAGGAGAAUAAACACACACCCGCCAAGCAAAAGAUUGAUGUGUUGCUGAAGGCCACAGGUGACGCACCCAUCAUGAAGAAAAAAAAAUGGGCAGUGGAAGGGGAGAAGCCAGUAGGUUGGGUAGCAGAAUUCAUACGCAGGUACCUCAAGCUUGAAGCUUCAGAUUCUUUGUUUGUAUACGUGAACCAGAGCUUUGCCCCUUCCCCUGACCAAAUCAUCAGGAACCUGUACGAAUGUUUUGGUUCAGAUGGCAAACUGGUGCUUCACUAUUGUAAGACCCAAGCUUGGGGUUGAUCUCUGACAUCUGUUGUAGAUAUUUUUUUUUUUAUUAUCUUGUUGGUUUUUCAUGGGUAUGUGAAAUGCUUGCUGUUGUAAAUGGUUGUAAGGCCAGUAACACAUGUCACUGGCAUUUUAUGUAUGUCCUUGAUGUUAUCCUUUGUAUUAAGCUCAGUCAGACAGAUCUAGUUUUUUUUUCUGAAGGAAUUAGUUAUUUUUCUUUGUAUUUUGCAUUCCACAAUUGUUUGUAUGUGUGUGGGCAGGGGGGGCUCAUGUAUGUAAAGUGCAAAAUUGUAGAUAUUACAAAUACUUAAUGCAGUUUCAUAUUAGGCAAGUUAUUUCAGAAGGAAGGGAAUACAUAAAUAAGAAAUGUAUAUUUAGAUAUAUGGGAACUUUGACAUACAACCAUGUCACAGUAUUCUGUAGAAUGGAAUCUUUAUUUGUAUUGUGUUAUGUUAGGUAAAUUGGAAUUAGGAGGAAAGAGUUAGCAUUGUUUAUUUAUUCCUUGCUGCCUAACAUAAAUAGACAAAAUUUAUGGCAAAAUUUUCAUAUCUUUCUUAUUUUGUAUUUAUUUACUUUUAUUUUUUGUGAUUGUACUAGUCAGAGAAAAUCUUUAAAUUUUCUACUGGACAAACGUUAACUAACUCUAGUCCCUCCAUUGUGCGUAUCAGAAACUUUUUAAUACAAUUGAGAAUUUUU